AUGGACAUUGAAAUAGUUAAUGCGGUAUUAAAACUAUGUUAUGAACAACAGACGUGCCUAUUCGAAGUUCCUAUUUUAUGUGAUUAUUGCCUUGAACAACGUUUAUGUACGAAUUCAAAACAUGUAUUACCGAGUAUUAAAAAUUAUAUGGAAAUAUUUAAAAUUAGUCGUGAUCGAAAUCGUAUUGAGUUUUAUAUGCCUUUUGAAAUAUGUCGAAAUAAUAAUUAUUAUGAUGGCGUAUGUCAAAUUAAUGGUAUAUCUUGUUCAAAUCUACAUGUAUGUUAUGAAUAUUUCUAUACAAAUACAUGUCGUCGUUCACCAAACUGCCCAAAUCCGCAUUUAUUAACACGAAAAUAUCAUGAAAAUACUCUUGGAACAUUAACUACUCUCCAUUUAGACGCAUUGACCAAAGCUUUCAAAAUUUAUUGUCAAUCGAAAAGACAUUUAUUAAAUUACAGUUCUUCUACUAUUUCUUCAUCAAGAGGACCACAACCACCGUCGUCUUCAUCAUUCACUAAGAAUUUAGUAUUAUCAUUAGUACCUCCUUCUUAUGUUUCUACGUCUUCUUCUACAAAUAAUAAACGAUUAACAGUAGCUUCACACAUUAAUAGGGCUGCAUCUUGGAAAACUAACAAUCGAUUAAUAGCAACCCCAACAAAUAUUCCUACACAACAACAGAACACAAGUCAGAUUCCUGAACAAGGUGUGCAAAUAUAUUGGAUACCCCAAAACGAUAUUCCAAUACAUUUCAUCGAAGUAGUCUUUAGUAAUCAGGGCAAAUCUGAUGGAGGCCCCAUGCAAACCCAUACGAUCUAUCAACAUUUAGGUAUUGCUCAAGUAUUUUAUAAACAUUCAGAUACUGCUGAUCGAGUUGUUCAACAUGGUGAUGCAACAUUUCAAUCCUUCUCUUUCAUACCUCGUCUUCUGCAACGAACUGUUGAUAUGCGACACGUGUGUUUCAUAAAUGUUUCUAUUGACACAAAGCUAAUUCCAUUAUACAUUGACAUUGUUUCAAAACCUUAUAAAAAAAGGCAUUUUGAAUAUUAUCAAAAUGAUCAGCAAACAAUUCUUGUUGAAUAUAAUGAAGAUAUAGAUUUUUCUAAGAUUUAUUCGAAUGUUCGAAAUCAUCCUGAACGCGAUGGAUUAAAAAUAAAAUGUAUUCAAUUGUAUCAUCCAGAAACAUUACUAAUUGAAUAUGAUCAAGAAUAUUCGGAAUGUGAUAUUAAGAAAUUAUUUAUUCAUCAAAAACUUUUUCAUAUCAAAACUUAUUCACAUUGUGCUUUCGUACAUUUUUAUUCUCACGAUGACCUGAUGCGUUCAAUGAACACUUCAUUUCAUGAUCCAAUUCGGGCGAAACCCAUUUAUAUUGAUAUAUAUUCACAACGUCAUUUGGAUAAUUAUCUACAACAGCGCCUUUCUGAAGUUGAACGGAAACUUCCAUCUACUGAAAAUGAAUCAAUACUAUCCAUAGAUGACAUAAUCGAAAACACAAUAAUGCCUUCUGAAAAUAAAAAUGAUUUACUUCUUGAAAGUGAACUCACCGUACCUAUUUUACCUUUGCCAACGAUGGAUCAACAAAUCGACAUUCUCCCCGAACGCCAAUCGCCAGCUAUUAUUGAACGUUGUCCAUCAGUAUCAUCAAAAACGACAGAUAUUCUAGUUCCUUCAAUCGAAUCUAGAUCUACAACUGAAACAAGUGAUAUUGAUGAUGACAAUGAUGGUGAAAUAGAAAAUGAAAUACUAGCUAGUGAUGAUGAUUUUGAUGAUUUACCAUCAGACUUCGGCAAUGAUGAUAUGUUUCUUGAUGAAUCAGUAUAUGAAAAUGAUGAUAUCGAUUUUAUUCGAAGUGCAGCUAAAAAUUUAAUGACAUCAUUAGCUGAAAUGCAGAAAGCCAGUGAGACUAUGAAUAAAAUCGAUCAACCGCAAUCAACUUUAUAUGGUGAUGAUUAUAUUGUUAUGAUAAAAUGUCGACGUUUUGCAUUAGCCUUUCUUGAUUAUACACAAUUUCGUGUUGAAAAACAACGUAAUCCAGAUAGAUUUCAUUUACUGUCAUCAUUGAAAAAGAAAAUUGACUAUAGUAAAAAACAAAUCGAUCACAAACAGCAGGACAAUACAUCGACACUAAUAACAACGAUUGAUCCAGAUUUAUUAGAAAUAAUAGAAGCAAAAUCAAAUAGGAAAAAUCGUAAAAAACGAAAUAAGAAGAAAAAAGGUUUCAAUAGUAAUCAAACUGAUAAUAAAGAUAAAACCGAGGCAACACCAGAAUCAGUCACCGAAGAAGAUGACGAUGAUACCAUGAUGCACACUGUUCACGAGCAAGAACAUAAUAAAAAAGAUUCGCCUGCUAAUCGAUUACCUCAUGUCUAUCUUGACGAUGAUCUUAGACCAUGUAUUGUCGUGGAGGGCGAAGAACAUAUUGACGAAAAUGGACAAGAAAUUGGUGAACACGAAGGCUGGCAUAGUAUUACGGCUGGUGGUAAACAGGUUCUAGUUUCAAAGAAGAAAAAACAACAAUCAAAAUUUUAUCCUUCUGAACAAGAUUCAGCCACGGCAAGUACUCCAACAGCAACAAGCAUUCGUUCACAACCUCAAGCAAAUGAAUGUAAUUCAUUAAUUAUCCCAAAUGAUUGUCGUGGCUUUAUUCACAAUUCAAAACUAUAUGAAACAUUUCGUUUACGUCUUCGUCGUUCAUUUCCAUCUAUCAAUAUUCAUUUUCAAUCUGAUACUUAUACAGUCAUCAUCGAUGGAAAUAUUAAAUCAAACGUUCAACAAUGCCUUAACUAUCUUAAUUCACUCAAUACAUAUAAGCAUUCCAUAAAAAUAUCGUAUGAAAAUUUUCCACAAACAACAAUAACAAAUAUAAUUCGUAUGCAACAAUCAACAGCACAAAUCAAACUUGACCCUAAAGCUGAUUACAAUCGAAUAUUUCGUUCGACAUAUCGUCUUAUUGAUUAUCAAUUAAAACAAUCACUCAAUCAACAACAAUGUGUUUAUUGUCGACGAUCAAAUAAAAAAUUUAAAGUAACAUACUUAGAAUUUCCACGUGAAAAACAAUCUAUUCGAGAAAUAAAUGAUUCUAUUCAAGAACGAGUAUUGCAAUUAUUGACGACACGUUUUACAUAUAUUGCUAUUGCAUUAUCAGCUGAUUUAAUGACAACAAAGCGUUGGGCCAAUUUUUAUGGAGAUUUAUGUAAACAUAAAGAAUUAAAUAAAACUUUGUUAAUUAGAAAAAUGAAUACAAUUAUACAAGUUUAUGGUUUAAAUACAAAUGUGCAACAAAUACAAACGUUAUUAACUAAGUUUUUAGAUCUUCAUCGUUAUGAAACCGAUGUUAUUGAAACCGAACAGGCUAGUGAAAUGUACUGUUUAUUCAAAAAUGAAUUUGAAGAGAUGAAAAAUCUUGAAAUGUUUCGUGAUGUUGAAUUACGUUUCAUUUAUCGUCGUCAACAGCGUAUUUUACUUGUUCAAUGUUUUCAAGAAAAAUUCGAAAUGGUUAAAAAUCGAAUACAAAAAAUGCGUAGCGAACUUUCAGCGAUUGCUGUACCUGUUAAAUCACCGAUACUCAGUCGAUAUUAUCCUAAAUCAAAUGAAAUUCAACGUAUUGCUGCGGCAUCAGCUUGUAUUAUCACAUUCGAACAACGUGUCGAUCCUAAUCGAGCAAAUGAUUAUUUAAUCAAUUUAAAAGUAAUCGGCCAAUCACUUGAGAAAACGACAAUAGCACAACGAUUAAUCAAACAAUUUGAAGAACAAAAAUAUUCUACAAAACAAAUUUUCAACAAUGACAUUAAAAAACUCAAUGCACAAGAUAUUGAAUUACUUCAAAAUCAAUGUAAUACAUGUAAUGUUUCAUGUAAGAUCGAUCAUACAAAUGGUUUAGUUGAAUUAGAAGGUCUUUUGGGAGAUUUCAUUCAAAUUGAAGAGAUGAUUCGUGAUUUAUGCUUAACGACUACUCGACGAACACCGAAUGAUAUACCAUCGUCAACUCAAUGGAUAUAUUAUGAAGCAUCAACAAAUAAACCGCUUGAAUAUGAUAUAGUUAUUAGAGAACAAUUAGAAAGUUGUCAUACAAAAAAACUAAAAGGAUUAGUUAGCUUUAGUGAUCAUCUAGGAAAUACUCGAAAUUUUAAUUUGGAUAAAAUGGUUGAAAUUAUCUACGGAAAAGAUUCAAAUUCGUCACAGAUUAUGAUCAAAAUUGAACGACGUGAUUUUAAAAAUCCUCAAUCAAUACAACUUCCGACACAUUGGACACCAAUGACAAAACCAUGGGAACGUGUAUUGAUCGGGAAACGAGAUCGUUCACAUGAAUGGAAAACCAAUGUUGAAAUUCAAAGAUUACUUCAAUUACCGGAAAUGCUAUCUGAAUCAUGGAUUAUUGAAAUCUAUCGUAUACAAAAUCCACGCGUAUUUCAACAAUAUGUUGCUCACCAAGAAAAAUUAUCUGCAGGGUCUCAACCUAAUGAACGCAUUCUUUAUCGUUUGGCACAACUUAAUCUUAUUGAUGAGAUGUGUGCGAAUGGAUUUAAUCAAUCUCAUACAGAUUCAGCUUUCUCAACUUAUGGCCAUGGUUGUCAUUUCUAUUGUAAAAUAAAAGAUAUAAAUCGUGCAGCAACAUUACUAGCUCAAAAUUAUCAAACACUACCAAUUAGAUUACAACAACAAACACCAGCAAAAGCACCCGUACGAUAUUUAUUUGUAUGCAAAGUCUUAGUUGGCCGGUGUGCACGUGGAGAUCCAUCAAUGAAAACAUGUCCACCUGGUUAUGAUUCUUUAGUUGAUAAUAUAGCUUCACCAGAAGUUUUUGUACCUUCUCAUGACGUUCAAGUUUUACCAGAAUAUUUAAUUGCUUAUCAAAGUGAUAUUUUCUAA